AAGUAUUUUGUUCAUUCUGAAAUGAAUAUCCUAAUUGAUAUUAUGAUUUUUCUUUUUGUACUACAAAAUAAAUUCCAUCUUAUUUUAUGCACUAUUGAUAUUAAUUUAUCAGAAUUGGAAUAUGUAGCUGCUCGUCUUGAUUCUAAUGAAUGUCGACGUUUAAUAGCUGCGCUGCAUUACACAACCUACGAAUUACCACAAAGUAUGGAAGCAGCUGAACGGAAAGUCGAUGAGGAAAUACCGUGUAUUAGGCAAUUAUUACACUGGAACAGUUCGCCUCAGGAAGGAAAGGGUAAAACUCAUGAAGACUUGGAGCGUCGUCUCCGUCAGUUAAAUCGCAACGACUUGGCUGAUUGGCUUGGGAAAACUGCGUUCAAACAACUUGGAACAGAUUUACAAAGAUCAAUAGAUUGUGUCUUUGGAAAGCUUGGAAAACAGGAAUCAGAGACUACUUAUCCAAUUACAAUGGAGUCUCUUGAUGAGUCUGAAGAGGAGAAUCCUUGGUUGCCAAUUGACACUAUUCUUAUGGCACUUAUGAUGGCUUUAUUGGCUAGCUUGUUAACGUUGAUAGUCGCCAUUACUCUUCACCAAAUUAAGAUACAUAGGCGAGACAAAAAUUUCAAGUUACUAAUGGAAUAAUAUGUGGUAGUACUCUUGAACCAGGCCCCAAAAAAGAAGUCGUAAUACCAAGCAAUACAAAAGUUUAUAAAGAUUAACAACAAAGUAAUGCAGAAAAUACGGAUAAUUGGGAUUAUGGUAUUCCAUCAUCAGUUUUUGAAAUAAAUGGCUUUCCUCCGAAUAGCCAAUCGUACAUCGUCACAUAAUGAACGCAAUUUGAGUUCAUAUUGAAGUGUUUAAAUUCAUAUGAUGAUAAUAGCAGUAUCAUAUUUAUUGGUGUAACUGAUUUACAUUCUGACCCUCUUCCGCUCUUAUUCAAUGCAAUCAGCAAAAGAAUGACAACAGUCAGGGUAUUUUAAUAUUUAUCUAUGUACUAAAAAGAAACAUUUAUAAAUAUUGUACAGAUAUCGAUUACGGUUAGCGAACGCUAUAUUUGCUUUAUUUUUAAAUAUUAUAAUAUUAUAUGAUUUAUUAUAUAAACUAUAAGUUUCCAUAUUACAUUCUAUAUUAAUUUACUGGAAUAUUAGGGCGCUGUCGUGGCACAAUUUAUAAAUGGCCCUUAUGUUACACUCAUGUAACAUACAUAUAUGUCACGAAGAGUGUACAUACAUUGAAAGGUUACUCCCCAAUAUUUCCGCCUGUUGUGAACUACGUAACAAUUCUAUGCAACAACUUAAGAUAAGUUACAUUUUAAUCAUUGUUAAUCUUUCUUAACUUUCGUCAGUACUCAGUUAACACAUAACGGCACAGUUAUACUAUAACACGCGAGUAACAAGAUUCUAAAAUAUGUUUAAUAUAGCAUGUAUGGUACCAAAAAAUGUAUGAAUGCUUGCUAUGCCUUUACCCAGACAGCACAAGGACGUCCUGAGGAAAUCCCAUGGAUAUCUUAAAUGGAUAUUCUGGAAAUCCUAUAGACGUUCUAAUAAGGUCUCGAGCUUUCCUCUGGAUUUCCUGAGGUGGUGCAAAUAUUCACAUAUUCAUCAUGGGACAUUCAUCCUUCGGACAUGCUGGGGAAACCUCAAUGAAUGUGUUUAGGCAUUUUAUGGAUUUUUUACAGAUUUUUCUAACUACCCUAGAGAAACAUUUCUUUAACACGUUGAGCUGUAUAUUAGGAAUGUAUCACGUACAAACUCCAAGUUGAGUUAGAAGACGGUAAGUAUACAGGAUGAGUUUUGUUAAACUCUAAUUUAAUUUAUAUUCCGUAAUUGAAUCAUGACGCGGUUAUUAAAUUCGGUCCAGUAACAUCAACGAUUGAUUUUGUUAACAGUCGGAAUCAGUCGACCCAAUUGGUUAAAAUUUAAUAACCACAACCGUGGUUCGGUCACGGAAUGUACCCUCAUUUAUAUUCAGAACUUUAUGGAAAUUUAUUUAUGUAUAUUAUGUAAAAAGAAUCUAAUAAAUAUAUAAAAAUAAACUUAUAUAAUUUGUAAAGGACAACCUGUCGAUCUUGAGGACAUCCUAAGACAGAUUUUUUUUACAGGUGUUACGUCUGGAUGAGAACCUUCAGUCACAUUUCAUGCUUUUAACUUGUAUUUCGUCUGGUGCGACGCAUUAUGCUAUUGUCAUCCUAUGUACUCAUAACAAACGAUAAUCUAAACAUUAAUUUUCGAAGAAUAAUUCUAAUCCGUCACUCACCUAAUGAAAAUACAUCGACAGUUAGCCUUCGCACCUCUGUGACAACUAACAAUAAGAUAUAUGAGUCUUAUAGAAAUUAUAGUAUAAACAAAACAGUGGUCACGCGCUAUGCCUGUGAACCGAAAACUGGAAUAAUAGUUAGUAAUAUAAUAAUAUAAUAAUAAUAAUAAUAAUAAUAAUAAUGCCAUUUAUUCCCUUGCGGGGUACAGCACGGACAACCGCUCCGCUUACAUUAAAACUUAAAACUACUGUACAAAGUUAACCUAUUUACCAAUUUCCCUAUACUAUAUUAUCUAUUUACAUCCUCGCUCUUUCAUACACCUCUGCCUUACUCGCCAAAAGAGAAAAAGAAAUUCAAAAAAGAAAAAACUCUUUUGGCUCAGUCUCUCAUUCACUCUCACGCUCGCAACACUCUCUCCCUCUCUCACCCUACCGACCUCCGUUUCCGGCGCUCUUUUCCUAAUCCCCGCCUAAUUCUCCUUCCCUAUCUCCCCCCUUUCUUUCCCUAUCCUUUCUAUUUCCAAUAGCCAUCUUUCCCCUUGUCCUGACUCCCCCAACACUUCCUCUCUCAUUUCUUGCCAUCCUCUGUCUAUCCCCAAACCUGAGCAUACCUCCCAUACAUGUUCCCACGUCUCUUCUCCAUACCCACACAUUCUACACCUCUUUUUUUCUUCCUUCUCCCAGUACAUUCCUCCAUUCAUCUCAUCCCCUAACCUAAACCUCGCUACUCUGCUCCACCUCUCCUCCUUCCAGCCCCUCUUUAGGUAUUCCGGUACCCCCUUCCCCUUAACGAAUUUAUAUUCCUUGUUCCCCUUUGAAUCUAUCCUGGCCCAUCUCUCCUCCCUCUGUUUCCUUUUUUCUAUGUUCAUUAUCUCCUCUCCUCUCAUGUUUCCUGACUCCCACAUCUCUUCUACCUUCUCUACCUUCCAGCCUUUACUUUCGUAAAACUCUCUUCUCUCCCCUUCCCAUCCCUCUACCCCUUUUCCAGCUCUCACCCUCUUCUUCAUUUCCAGUCUAUAUCUUCUCGCUAGCUCCCCCCC